CCCUGCGGUGUAACUGCACCAACUGUGAGAAGUCUGGUUAUGAGUGUGAGACUGACGGGGCAUGCAUGGCCUCCACCUCCUUCAUCCAGGGGCAUGAGCAGCAUGUAAGGAUCUGUAUCGCCAGAGACAGCCUUGUGCCCCCUGGCCAACCUUUCUACUGUCUGAGUGCUGAGGGACUGCUCAACACACACUGCUGCUACACUGACUACUGCAACAGCGUCGACCUCAAGGUCCCCUCGCGUGAGUAAAGCCGAAAUCACACCGGCUGCAUAUUGCUUGUGCAUUCCACCCAAAUAGCUUUCUUGUCUCCUUUCCUUUCUCUGUACUAAUUUGAAAGAACAGGACUGGUGAAAGCAACCCCGUUAUAGCAACCAUUCAGCGUUUACCCCUCCAAUGUUUUCAUAUCAGUGAAGAUAAGGGAGAGGAGAUGAAGGGAGGAAGCCACUUUGGACUAUUGAGAGGCACCCUUUGUGUUUUGGUUAGACUGGAAAGAUGGUAAUCCGAACUGCUAACACCCUGUUCUCAAUUUCUCCCUCACUCCAGUCCCUGUGAAACCAGGGGAGCUGGGCUGGGUGGGCUCUGGAGGCCCCUGGGGGCCGGUGGAGCUGGUGGCUGUGAUCGCAGGGCCUGUCUUCCUGCUCUGCAUGCUGCUGCUGGUGGGGUUAUUCCUCUUCCAGCAUCACCAGAGGACCUACAGGUGAGUCUCUGGUCCCAGGUAUACCAUCUCCUGAGUAGGCCCUACAGAUGGGAUGGCAGGUAGCCUAGAGGUCAGCGAGGUUGGCCAGUAUACGGAAGGUUGUUGGUUCAAAUCGUGUGCCGGUUGUAAAAGUGGCAAUGGAACUGGCAACCGGAGGGCUGUGUGUAUUUGGGGGGCGGUUGAGAAGAUACAUUUUCGUUUCUGACAAAUAUUAUAUUUUCUCUCGUACAGCCACAGACAGCGGCUGGAGGUUGAGGAUCCCUCCUGUGAACACCUCUACCUGGCCAAGGACAAGACCCUGCAGGACCUCCUCUAUGACAUGUCCACCUCCGGGUCUGGUUCUGGUGAGUAGACUGAGACUACACUGCUUGGUUCUAUACAUAGAACCGCAAAGCACGUUUAUUUUUUAGCCAUAAACUACCCUCGCCUGCAAACAGAGGUCCCAUUAGCCUAGGGAUUCAUUCAAUUUUUAGAAUAUACUUUAGCCAUAUAUGUACGUAACACAAUAGAUACAUAUGUGUAUAGAUACACGUUUGUAUUUAGGUAAAAGCCCAGUGGCAUCAGUGGUCCUCCUAUCUGCUCUUCUCUCUGCUUCUUCCUGCAGGCCUGCCCUUGUUCGUGCAGCGUACGGUGGCCAGGACCAUCGUUCUGCAGGAGAUCAUAGGGAAGGGCCGCUUCGGGGAGGUGUGGCGGGGGAAGUGGCGUGGAGGAGACGUGGCGGUGAAGAUCUUCUCGUCCAGAGAGGAACGGUCGUGGUUCAGAGAGGCUGAGAUCUACCAGACCAUCAUGCUGCGACACGAGAACAUCCUGGGAUUCAUCGCCGCCGACAAUAAAGGUGAGCGUUCCAUCACCAUUCUACUACAGCACCACACAGAGACACGUGUACACGCACACUUACAACACAGACAUUCAUGUUAAGUGAAGAUAUCCUUGGUGCUAUGAUGGUGAAUUUCAUCAACAUGCCGUUGUUGACUCAACAUUUUUAUUGACGGUAGAAUUAUCCUCUCUCUGUCUUUCUGUGCCCCUCUCUCUCGCUCUCUUUCUCCUCUCGCAGAUAACGGCACAUGGACCCAGUUGUGGCUGGUCUCAGACUACCACGAGUACGGUUCUCUGUUUGACUACCUGAACUACUAUUCUGUGACAAUAGAGGGCAUGAUCAAACUGGCCCUGUCUGCUGCCAGCGGCCUGGCUCACCUACACAUGGAGAUACUGGGAACGCAGGGUAUGCACAGCUGGGAGAUGAAUACGGACCAUACAGUGCAUUCGGAAAGUAUUCAGACCCCUUCACUUUUCCACAUUUUGUUACGUUACAGCCGUAUUCUAAAAUGGAUAUCAUUUAUUUUUUUCCCUCGUCAAUCUACACCCAAUACCCCAUAAUGACAAGCGAAAACAGGUUUUUAGACAUUUAACAAAGAAAAACCUGAAAUACCUUAUUUACAUACGUAUUCAGACCCUUUGCUAUGAGAUUCGAAAUUCAAUGGAAACAGGUGCAUCCUGUUUCCAUUGAUCAUCCUUGAGAUGUUUCUACAACUUGAUUGGAGUCCACCUGUGGUAAAUCCAAUUGAUUAGACAUGAUUUGGAAAAAGACACCUGUCUAUAUAAGGUCUCACAGUUGACAGUGCAUGUCAGCGCAAAAAACAAGCCAUGAGGUCGAAGGAAUUGUCCGUAGAGCUCUGAGACAGGAUUGUGUCGAGGCACAGAUCUGGGGAAGGGUGCCAAAACAUUUCUGCAGCAUUGAGGGUCCCCAAGAACACAGUGGCCUCAUCAUUCUUAAAUGGAAGAAGUUUGGAACCACCAGGACUCUUCCUAGAGCUGGCCGCCCGGCCAAACUGGGCAAUCGGGGGAGAAGGUCCUCUGUAGCUCAGCUGGUAGAGCACGGCGCUUGUAACGCCAAGGUAGUGGGUUCGAUCCCCGGGACCACCCAUACACAAAAAAAAUAAAAUAAUGUAUGCACGCAUGACUGUAAGUCGCUUUGGAUAAAAGCGUCUGCUAAAUGGCAUAUUAAUUAUUAAUUAGAAGGGCCUAGGCCAGGGAGUUGACCAAGAACCUGAUGGUCACUGACAGAGCUCCAGAGUUUCUCUGUGGAGAUUGGAGAACCUUUCAGAAGGAUAACCAUCUCUGCAGCACUCCACCAAUCAGGGCUUUUAUGGUAGAGAGUGCAGACGGAAGCCACUCCUCAGUAAAAGGCACAUGACUUUGCCUUAAGUACUUUCAGACCAUGAGAAACAAGAUUUUCUGGUCUGAUGAAACCAAGGUUGAACGCUUUGGCCUAAAUGCCAAGCGUCACAUCUGGAGGAAACCAGGCACCGCUCAUCACCUGGCCAAUACCAUCCCUACGGUGAAGCGUGGUGGUGGCAGCAUCAUGCUGUGGGGAUGUUUUUCAGCGGCAGGGAGACUUGUCAAGAUCGAGGGAAAGAUGAACGGAGUGAAGUACAGAGAGAUCCUUGAUGAAAACCUGCUCCAGAGCGCUCAGGACCUCAGACUGGGGCGAAGGUUCACCUUCCAACAGAACAACGACCCUAAGCACAUAGCCAAGACAACACAGGAUUGGCUUCGGGACAAGUCUCUGAAUGUCCUUGAGUGGCCCAGCCAGAGCCCGGACUAGAACCUGAUCGAACAUCUCUGGAGAGACCUGAAAAUAACUGUGCAGCGAUGCUCCCCAUCCAACCUGACAGAGCUUGAGAGGAUCUGCAGAGAAGAAUGGGAGAAACUCCCCAAAUACAGGUGUGCCGAGCUUAUAGCGUCAUACCCAAGAAGACUCGAGGCUGUAAUCGCUGCCAAAGGUGCUUCUACAAAGUACUGAGUAAAGGGUCUGAAUACUUAUGUAAAUGUGAUAUUUCAUUCUUUGCAAAAAUGUAUAAAACCCUGUUUUUGCUUUGUCAUUAUGGGGUGUUGUGUGUAGAUUGAGGGGGGGAAACUAUUUAAUCAAUUUUAGAAUAAGGCUGUAAUGUAACAAAAUGUGGAAAAAGUGACGGGGUCUGAAUACUUUCCAAAUGCACCGUAUGUGUUAAAACACAUUCCUAAUUAACAUGGUAGCCAGGGGGUUAUACAACAAACCACUAUCACGAAGUUAGCCAGUUAACUUUUGCUCCCAUCACUUUACACAUUACACCCUUCACUAUUUUUAUAGGAUCCCCAUUAGCUGACUCCUUGACGACAGCUAAUCUUCCUGGGGUCCAACACAUUACUAAAAAGACAUUACAGACUAAAUACUUUACAGUUUACAUUGAAAGAUAGUAGAGCUAGUAUACAUUACAAAUGUUUAACAGUACUGACAGUUGAUGACCUGGUUUAAAUAAUGUUGUGUGCUCCUGUGCUCCUUCCAUUCCAGUCUUCCAACUCAGUGUGUGCUCCUCUCUAGGUAAGCCUGGUAUCGCCCACCGUGAUCUGAAGUCUAAGAAUAUUCUGGUGAAGAAGAAUGGCAUGUGUGCCAUCGCUGACCUGGGGUUGGCAGUACGCCACGAGUCCAUCACUGAUACUAUAGACAUCGCCCAAAACCAGCGUGUUGGCACCAAGAGGUACUGGUCCCGCUAGCUGCCAUAUCUAUUUUAUGCAGUCUAUUCAUUCAAUUCAGGACAUGAACAUUGAAAACCAAAUAUUAUUUAAAUACUGACUUCUCUUUUCAAUCAUUUGAGUUGUUUUUUUCAAUUCGUCUCCUGAAUUGACUGAUUUGAGACCAUAUCUCAGUGAUAUGCUGGCAUGCAAAACAUAUUCCUUUCCUUUAGUUGAAACCUGUUUGUCUGUCCGUCACCCAGGUAUAUGGCUCCAGAGGUCCUGGAGGAGACCAUCAACAUGAAACACUUUGACUCGUUUAAGUGUGCUGAUAUCUACGCCCUGGGGCUGGUGUACUGGGAGAUAGCACGCCGCUGCAACACUGGAGGUAAGACACUGACUGGGUACCUUGUCGUCAUUAUUGCAGAUGAUCCGAUCUCACAAUGCCUGGAGAAGUGCUUUAGCACGUUUUGAGGGGAUCAGUUUAAGCAAGGCAUCGCACAAUCACUCAUUUUUGAUCACGAGUAGUUAUUUGGGAUACAUGGUGAUUUGUAAAUUAGUGAUUCUGUGCAGUCUGACUGUAAUGUAGUUUAAUUGAAACACACUUUCACUUGUCAAGCACCACAUUAAUAUGAUAGAACAAUCUUCUUAGAUGUGAGCAUGUGACUGACCAGGUUCUCCCUCUGUUCUGCCCCCAGGUAUCCACGAGGAUUACCAGCUGCCCUACUUUGACCUGGUGCCCUCUGACCCCUCCAUAGAUGAGAUGAGGAAGGUGGUGUGUGACCAGAGGCUGAGGCCUAAUGUGCCCAACUGGUGGCAGAGCUACGAGGUAGAACAAAUACACUGGACAGAAACAUUGCAUUGGUGUCUAGUCAUAAGUUAUUAGCAAUUGACUGCAUUUAAAUGUAAAUAUGGUGAAAACAAAAAAUGGUGCAAUUAUUUUUAUUGUACUUUAUUCAUUCUUUAUUCACAAGUCAUUUGACAUUUCCUUUCCACCAUUGGGACUAGUGGAAAGAUAUAGUUGAUGUAGUUUCCUUUCCCCCCCUCUCUCAUCCUCCAGUCUCUGCGUGUGAUGGGUAAAAUCAUGAGGGAGUGCUGGUACUCUAACGGAGCGGCCCGCCUCACAGCUCUACGCAUCAAGAAGACCCUGUCUCAGCUCAGUGUCGAGGAGGACAUCAAGAUGUAAGAUAAGAGUGGGACGGACGGCAGAGCCAUGUAGCUCGCUGGCGACGUACAACGAUAGAAGACAUGGGCUGUGUCCCAAAUGGCACCAUAUUCCCUAUCUAGUGCACUACUUUUGACCAGGGCCCAUGGAAAAGAACACGGAAAGGACUGAGACGAAAUGCUGCCAGUUUUAAAGCCACACCAAGUUGUGACAAGGCC